UGGAAAUGUCACACCUUGUCCAAUCAAACCUACUACUCGCGAGACAAGAGCUUACCAUCUGAUUGAUAGUGCUACCUGGGCAUGGAGGACAAAUGCUCAAUCAUCAGCGUACAUGACAUACCAACUGUCCACAAAGGCAGGUAGCGACAUCUAUAAAAACGAGCACGGCUGGCUUUAAAUGCUGUGCUGUACUGUUCAUCCAAGCUUACAUCUCGUGGGAGGCUACCUAAGUACUCACCCCCCACUCAUCCUCAUCUGUCUGAUUACCUCCCCUUCCCCCUCCUGGGCAGUUGUUUAUACAGCAUCCUGCCUAACCAGCCUAACCCUCCUUACCUACUUAGGUACCUACCUAACCGGGAGGGUGUCGAUGACCACGAAGCUGGUUAGGGGCCCUAAAAGCACAUGCAGGUACAUCAAGUACAUGUAUGUAUUUGCAUGGUAUACAUCUGCCAAGAGGUUGAGUACCGACACUACGGCUGCGGGAGGGGCUCCAUUGCAGGACGGGAACGUCACUACAACUUGCCUAUUACCAUAUUACCAGGAUUAGGUGGGGAGGUAGAUAUAGAUAGGUGGUGUAGUGGGGCAGCCAGUUAUCUACUGCCGCUAUAUCUGGGAGACCAUGUCUGAGCCUGAGAGACCCCUCGGCCUCGAGCAGCUUGUCCUCGACAACUUCCCGCAAGUUGGAUCUUCCGAGAUGCGCCCAAGUUUCUAUUCGACGUCGCCGCAGCCGCAGGCGCGCUCAGCCCGCCAGACUUUCGACUUCGACUCGGACGGAUCUGACACGGCUAGCCCCGCCAUCCACCACAACGAGUCGGGCGACGAGCACGACGACAAGGGAAGUGGCGAGAACGAUGAGAACGACGAGAACGACGAGAAUGACAGCGGCCACUCGUUGCGCCAUACGGAGAGUUCCAGCGUCGGUCUUCACGUCGCUGUGCUCUCCCCCGGGCUUGAAGAUGGCAUGCUGCCGAGGGAUGUUCCUAGGAAGACGACAUUCUAUGAUCCCGUCGCUGAGCGGCAGAUGAGUCAGACCGAUGCCAAACUCUUCUACCAGAGAAGCCAGCGGGAUUUACUCAAGAAUGAUGCCAGCAGCCGCGACCAAUCCCGUCCCGCUCCUCAAUGCAGUCCCCCAACCCUGCCCAACGAUGGUGGUGGUAUUGGCGCUGCUGGCGCUGCUGCUGCUGUCCAUGGGCAACCACAUGCCCGGCCGAGCCUUAUGAAUCUCCCUCCGGCCGCGCAGAGUUACAGUCUGCCACAUAUUGCAGGGUCGCCCAGCCCUGUGCCCCGCGGCUCCUACAUAGCUCCCCGGACUGCCACACGUCCAUCUCUGGGCGAGCAUACUGGCUCUCGGAUUGCAGGCCGCCAGCCAACUCAUCGCUUUGUACGUGAGGAGCCAGGCUUUGAUCCAAAUCCUAGUAUGGAGCUUCCUGGUGUGGCGCCUGUUGGUAUUGCCGAUGCUUCAGGGGACAACGAUGCGCAUAUCACCGCUGAACUCAGCGCAAUCUUUCAGAACAUCCAGAAGGUGCUCGACAGUCGUCAUAAAUAUAUUCGGCUUUCUCUACAACGUGAUGGGGAUAAUCCCCAUGAUGAUCCAAGCUGGGUUAUCUACCCGCCUCCACCCGAGCCAGCCUGGACGGAUCCGCCGCCUGAUAAUCAAACCCAUGGCCAAAACACUGGCGCUAAUAGCAUGACCAACAGUAUGGUUCUACCGCCGCAGACUAGUCAGGCGCAGGAGACCGAAACAACGGCCGUUGAACAAGGUCAAUCGCAAUCUGAGCGUAAGAAACCAUUCAAGAAACGCAAGGCCGGGCAAGACAUCGGAGAGGAUUUUGACAUAAACGACCUAUUACCUCUUCCUCCGGCCUCAGAAUUCACUUUCCGCCUCGAUGAAAACGGUGUGUACCAAGUCUACGAGAACGCGGCUGCAGAUGCGGCGAAUACCCCAGUCGUCGGUGUACCCACUAUCAAAGACUUCUAUAUGGAUCUGGAAAAGAUUUUGCUUAUAUCUUCUGAUGGACCAAGUAAGAGUUUCGCCUUCCGGCGACUACAGUAUCUUGAAGGCAAAUUCAAACUGUAUUCACUCCUCAACGAAUACCAAGAGACUGCCGAUACCAAGAAGGUCCCGCACAGAGACUUUUACAAUGUGAGAAAAGUCGAUACACACGUUCAUCAUUCCGCUUGCAUGAACCAGAAGCAUCUUCUCCGAUUCAUUAAGAGUAAGAUGAAGAAGUGUCCCGACGAGUAUGUGCUUUCUAGGGAUGGAAAGAAUCUCACUUUGAGAGAAGUUUUUGAGAGUAUCAACCUGACUGCAUACGACCUAAGUAUCGAUACGUUAGAUAUGCAUGCACAUACGGAUUCUUUCCAUCGAUUCGACAAGUUCAAUCUAAAGUACAACCCAGUCGGCGAGUCUCGUCUCCGAACCAUAUUCUUAAAGACAGACAAUCACAUCCAGGGUCGAUAUUUGGCUGAGAUUACUAAAGAGGUUAUCUCCGACCUUGAAUCAAGCAAAUAUCAGAUGGUAGAAUGGCGUAUCUCCAUCUACGGUAGAUCCCUAGAUGAGUGGGACAAACUAGCUGCCUGGGUCGUUGACCACAAGUUGUUCUCGCACAAUGUUCGAUGGCUUAUUCAGAUUCCACGACUCUACGAUGUCUACAAGGCAAGCGGUUUGAUGGGAUCUUUCGAACAGGUGGUAAGAAACAUUUUCCAACCAUUGUUCGAAGUGACCAAAGAGCCAGAGAAGCACCCAAAGCUUCACAUUUUUUUGCAGAGGGUGAUAGGCUUUGACAGCGUUGAUGAUGAGAGUAAGGUAGAACGCCGCCUCUUCAAGAAGUUCCCCGUUCCUAAAGAAUGGGAUUCACAGCAAAAUCCGCCAUAUAGCUACUGGAUCUACUAUCUUUUUUCUAACAUGACGUCGCUUAACUUCUGGCGUCGGCAACGUGGUUUCAACACAUUCCUGCUACGGCCACAUUGUGGCGAAGCGGGCGAUGUCGAACAUUUGGCAGUCGCACUAUUAUGCAGUCAUAGCAUUAGUCAUGGACUUCUCCUGCGCAAGGUGCCUUUGUUGCAGUAUAUUUUCUACUUGGAGCAGAUAGGCAUUGCUAUGUCUCCUCUAAGUAAUAAUGCCCUCUUCCUUGCAUACGAACGGAACCCUUUCAUUCAGUAUUUCAGACGUGGUUUGAACGUGUCUCUAUCUACUGACGACCCUCUACAAUUUGCGUUCACUAGGGAACCGUUGAUGGAAGAGUACGCCGUGGCGGCACAAAUAUGGAAACUCAGCCCCGUUGAUAUGUGCGAAUUAGCUAAGAAUUCUGUCAAGCAAAGUGGUUAUGAACAUUCUAUCAAACAGUCCUGGCUGGGUGAGAAUUUCAACUUACCCGGGGCUGAAGGGAACAGAAUGAUUAAAACGAACAUCCCUGAUCGACGGGAGGAAUACAGGCAUCAGACUUGGGUUGAAGAACAUCGAAUGAUAUCAAGAUAUACAUCUAACCACGAAAUGGACGAAAUCUUGGAGCAUCAGCCAUCAACCGGGGUCAACGCGACUUCAUCCCUAUCGGCAAAUCCGGCAACGGGUACUGCGGCAUCAGAAUAUAAGGUUCCUGUCUCUCCCGGUCUAAGCAAUGUCGAACGUGGAAGAGCCGAGCUUAGAAACUCUCAAGGAGAUGCGCCUAGUAACGCAGGUCAGAACACAAUGCCAAGCUCUCCCCUCUCCUCAAUGAAGCGGGAGUCAUCUUGGCCAAUAGAUGGGCUCGAGAACUUGCACUUGUCUAGCCAUGAACCUAGAUACAUUCCUGGGAUGAUGGCGAGGGCUUCGAGACGCCAGAGCAAACGACGCAGCUCUACGCAUGAGUCGGAUGAUGCGGCCUCAGCUCGCAACAAUCUUAAGAAGACUGCUGGGAGAGAAGAGCCGACUUGACUGGCAGGAUUUAUUUAUUUUACCAUUUAUAUUUCUCCUUAGGUUUACGAUUUGCGCGUUUACUUUGGCGGCUGCAUAGGGCUAGAAUGAACAAGAUGUAGAAAAGAUACUACUUAAAAUGAUUAGUUAUAUGUAAACUUAGAAGAGCUAUAAAAAUCAUCAGAGCAUAUAAUAUCAUCCG